AAAAAAUGGUUCUUUUUUUGGUGGGGCGGAUUAAGGACCAUAAAAUUUCUAUCCGAAGCACUAAGAAAGCUGACCCACAAGCUGUUAAUCAAGUAUAAAUAACCACAAGUUAAAAAUUGCCUAUUUGGCUUGCUUUGUUUUCCUUUCUCCAGGUCCAGUUAUGGCAAUGACUAUUCCUUCUUCUCAUCACUACAAUCUUCUUCUUCCAACUCCCAUUCCAGCUUUCUUGUCAACAUCUCGAAAGACCAUCAAAUACCCUCUAAAAUUUAGUUGCAGAGCUUCAAAUAGCAAAGAUGAUCAGCAAGAUUAUCUGAUAGAUGCUCCUGUAUCAGUAGGUGAUGGUUUCUCUUUCAGUGGAGGAAAAUAUUCGGAUGGACAAAGCCCUUCAGAUGAAUGGUUCAAGCAAGGCAAAAUAGUGAAAGCUCACCCUGUUGGUGGCUCUGGUGGGAAGGCUAAAGAUCCAAUUUUUGGACUUGAAAUGAGUUCCACUUCUCAAGUUUCAGCUGAUGUUUUCAGAUGGUUUUGCGUUGAAUCUGGAAGUGCUGAUAAUCCUUCGGUUAUAUUAGUUCACGGUUUCCCUUCUCAGGCCUACUCUUAUAGAAAAGUUCUUCCCAUACUUUCUAAAGACUUUCAUCCAAUUGCUUUUGAUUGGCUUGGAUUUGGAUUUUCUGAUAAGCCUCAACGUGGAUAUGGAUUUGACUACACUCUUGAUGAAUAUGUAUCAUCCUUGGAAUCUUUUAUCAAUGAAGUUGCAGAUAAUAAAGUGUCCAUAGUUGUUCAGGGAUACUUUGCACCAGUAGUUGUGAAGUAUGCUAGAAAUCAUCAAGAAAAAAUCAAUGACAUAAUACUUCUCAAUCCGCCGCUAACAGAAAAGCAUGCCAAUCUUCCAUCAACAUUGUCCAUAUUCAGCAAUUUUUUAUUAGGAGAAAUAUUUUCUCAGGAUCCUUUACGGGCUAGUGACAAAGCCUUGAAAAGCAGUGGUCCAUACAAAAUUAAAGAAGAUGAUCUUAUGGUUUAUAGAGGACCUUACCUCACAUCUGGUUCCUCAGGCUUUGCAUUAAAUGCAAUUAGCAGGACCAUGAAGAAAGAACUGAAGAAAAAUGUUGAAGAAAUGAGGAAAAUACUACUUGACAAGAGUUGGAAAGUUCAAACAACUGUAUGCUGGGGAGAAAGAGAUCGUUGGUUAAACUUCGAUGGAGUUGAAGAUUUCUGCAAAGAGUCACAACAGAAGCUUAUCCAGAUUCCAAAUGCAGGACACCAUGUACAGGAAGAUUGUGGGGAAGAACUCGGGAAAAUCAUUUCAGGGAUUAUUCGGAAAAAGAGCUCAAUCUUAUAAUUUUUCAUGUAAUGAUAAACUCAUUAGCUAUAAAUUAUUAUUGCAUUGCCAGAAAGAAUGUAUCAAAGAAUUACAAGUUUGUAUGUGUGUAUCUGCAGUUUUUGCUUGUCAUUUUCAUUUCAAUGUUUUUCUAAAAA